UGUCUUACGUCGACUACUGACAGGACUUGUCUAAGGCACUCCUGUGCAUGAGAGAUUCUAAAUACUAAAGUUUGGGAUAAAGAAGAGGAAAUAUGUCGGUCAGUCGGAAGAAUUGGUCUGCACUGUCUAGUCUGGCUCGGCAGUGGACUAUGGAGGACGAGGAGGAGCUGGAACGAGAGCGCCGGCGGAGGACGCGAGACCCCAGCGUCAGUGCAGACCCUGAUGAUGAGGAAGGCCUCGCUAGUGAGAGCAGCCAGGGCUCCAGGAGAAUGGAUGUCUCAGAGCUUCUUGGUACCAGGAAGCAGGGCCACGUCAACACAAUCAAACAUGCGAGCAGUGCCCAGCCGCAGCCCUCUGACCAAGGGGACACGGAUGAAAGUGCCCUGGCGAUGGACUUUGUGGAGAUGCUGCGCUCGCGCGACGAGCGGCGGAGGGCCCGGCACGUGGAGACCCUGCGGCGGCAGAAGCAGGCGGAGGAGGAAGAGGGGCCCGACUCAGAGGAGGGCCAGCCCAGGGUGGAGCUGCUGGGGGACGUGGACCUGACGGAGGCCCUGGUCACCCCCCUCCGCCUCCUGAUGGACCGGGACAGACCUGCCAGCCCCACUAGUCCUAAGAGCCCCGCUAGUCCUUCCAGCACCAGCAGCUCCUACAGCAAGAGCCAAUCCGGCCACUCCACCGGGGAGGUUCAGAGUGAACACAGCAAUGCAAACUCAGGGCAGUCAACUCCACAGAAGACGAACAGGAAGUUUGUCAGCUCCUUCUCCAUCUCCUUUGACAAAAGCCCAGCGUCGCCACCGCCCCAAAGGGUCGUUUCUCCCCUCAGCCCCAGAAGUGCACCCCAGAGGCCGUUCAGCCCCACUUUUGGGGGCGCCCAAAGCCCCACGCAAAAUGGAGACACCGAGAAUGGCACAGCUGCCAGCUUUGAGAGCACAACCAAACCUGCCUUCACCAGACAAAGUCCUAGAACCGCCUCCUUCAAGUUGCUGAAGAAGAAAGAGGAGCAAAGCAUGCCGUUGCAGCGGAGCGCAAGUGUUCGGCACUCAAGCAAAUUUGAGUCCAACAAGAGUCCGGAGCAAGAUGAGCAACAACAGUCACCAUUUCAGAGAAACUCUAAACAAAGAAUAUCAGCUCGUUCCAUUCAAGAAAAAAUGGAGAGACUUGCCCAGGCUUCACAGAAACAAACAAGUAAGUCCCCCUAUCAGCCAGAGAGGGCUCUGUUUCUUAUGGAUGAAGUCUUAAGAAAGAAGAAUCUGUUUGAGAGUGAACAGCCAAAGGGACAGAAAGAGUCUGGAAUGAGCAGACAGGAUUUUCGCAACUUUUCAUCUGGAAUUUCUGACCGGAUUAAUCGAUGGCUGCAGAAGCAACCAAAGUCUAGUCCUACUUCUACCACAUCCGACCUGAGGAACGUGGACAUCUUAAGCAGGAAGAUUCUCUUUGAGCAGGGCAAUGACGAAAGGCCCUUGUCUCCUGAACCGCACAGCAAGAGCUCACACUAAGAGAAAAUGCCACUGCCUAGACAGACUCCAGGAUUGUGAACACAGUCUGACCACUGCAGAGGACCAGCACUACUGAUUGUACAUUUUAGUGAGGAGUUUUGACCUUGUCCACUUCCACUCCAAAAUAAUACUUUUAAAUGGCUUGUACACCAUUACUGCAUGAUGUGGUACACACUUAGAUGUACAUACAUGAAGGGGGUGAUGAGGAAAAUAUAUGCAGACAUACAUAUAUUUUGUUUAUUUUAAGAUGCACCUUUGUCAGAGACUGAAAAAAAACACAAAACACACUAAUCAGUUUUCACUUACGGUAUCCAUAGCAUUCUGAGAUUUAUCAUAAAUACUCUGAUUCUGUUGGUUAAAUGCAGAUGAUGGCUGAUGCUAGCUUUUCAAAGAAAACUGCACUUGCCGUGUAUGCUUUUUCUUCUUUAGCAGAAGUGUUUGUACCAAACUAAUUAACUUUUUUGGGGGGGGGGGGGGAAUAAAUAAUGUGCAUUCAUUUCAGUAGUGUAAUGAAUGCAAGGCUUUCUCUAAAAUGCUUCCAUGUUCGCCAUUUUCUUCCAAAAGCAGAAAGAAUUCACUCAAAUGAGAAUGCUUUUGCUGAUUCAUUAAUUAUCAAUACAAAUACUUUAAAUGAAUGGGAGUCUAACAUAUGUCUAACCUGCACUCUUAUUAAUCUUCAUGAAUGACAUACAAGCUACUGUAUCUCUUCGACUUCUCAUCAUUUAACUGCAACAACUAUGUGUGAUAGGACGCAUCAGAUCACACUGAGGCCUGUUGAUUCAACACAAUUGAAAAGAUCUCAGAUAUUGUUUAUGAAUGUGCCUAAUGCUGCAGUAUACUGUAUGUUUACUUUUUUGGAGUAAUACUGGUAAUCUGAUAUUUGAAAGUUUGGGGGGAGGUGUGAAGGUGUUUCGUAAAUAAUAAACUCUAUGUUUUCGACAAUUUAAA